AUGACGACCCAGGCCAUGGACACGCUGGGGCAGUUCAAGAUCACGGUGUGGGAGGAGGAAAACUUCCAGGGCAAGCGCUGCGAGUUCCUCGUGGAGUGUCCCGGCAUCCUGGAGCGCGGCUUCCGCAAGAUCCGCUCCAUCAAGGUGGAGAACGGCCCCUGGGUGGGCUUCGAGUACCCCGAGUUCCAGGGGCAGCAGUUCAUCCUGGAGAAGGGCGACUACCCGCGCUGGGAGGCCUGGAGCGGGAGCAGCGGGUACCGCACUGAGCAUCUCCUCUCUUUCCGGCCCAUCAAGUGUGCGAACCACAACGACAGCAAAGUGACCCUCUACGAGGGCGAGAACUUCCAGGGCCGCAAGUUCGAGCUGAGCGACGACUACCCCUCGCUGCAGGCCAUGGGCUGGGGCACCAAGGAGGUGGCGUCCAUCAAGGUCAACUCCGGAGCGUGGGUGGCCUACCAGUACCCCGGCUACCGGGGCUACCAGUACAUCCUGGAGCGCGACAAGCAGAACGGCGAGUUCAAGAAGUACAUCGAGUACAGCAGCCAGGCCCACACCAACCAGAUCCAGUCCAUC